CCGCACCCACGCUGCUCCUGAGCUGCGUUCACGAUCACAAAUCUCCACAAACUAACAACGCCCCGUCUGACCAACACUAAACACUCUGUAACCGUCCUGGAAAGUAGUUAUAUAUCCGAGGAAUCUCUGUUAAAGGAUCUAGUUAAUUUUAUUGUAUAUUCGUCAAGCUGGUGCAAAUAUUUAACUCUUUACAACAACUGUUUACAACAAAGAGUCUCCACAGGUUGUGAAUAAGAUUAUUUUAACAAAGCAUGGCUUCUCGGGGGAAAUCAGAAACUGGAAAAUUGAGGCAAAACAUGGAGGAGCAGCUAGACAGACUGAUGCAGCAGCUGGCUGAUCUGGAGGAAUGCAGAGAAGAACUGGAUGAGGAAGAGUAUGAAGAGACGAAAAAGGAAACCUUGGAGCAGCUGAGUGAAUUCAAUGAGUCCCUGAAGAAGAUCAUGACAGGAGACAUGACACUGGUGGAUGAACUCAGUGGGAUGCAGCUGGCAACCCAGGCUGCCAUCAGCCAAGCUUUCAAAACCCCAGAGGUGAUCCGACUGUUUGCUAAGAAGCAGCCGGGACAGCUGAGAACCAGACUAGCAGAGAUGGACCGAGAUGUCAUGGUGGGGAAACUGUCGCGGGCCGUGUACACGCAGCAGAAAAUGGAAAUCCUCACAGCCUUGAGGAAACUUGGAGAGAAGCUCACUACGGAGGACGAGACUUUUCUCAUCGAAAACGCUACAGCUACUCUGAGCCAGUUUGAAAAAGUGACGGCAAACUUAGGCUCCGAAGACAAAAUCCUGGCUUUAGCGAGCUCUGGUGUGAAAACUAAGGCGUAGUAAUCCUACAAAAUGUUCAUUUUAUCUCUGUGUCUUUUAACUAUGUGCCAAUCGAUCGUUGAUUUUUUGUAAAUAACCAGUGCACUUCCAGGUGUUGCUGUAUAGACGCUAACACUUUUUAAACAGUAUUGUUUUAUAGCCCUUGACUUUUUGUAAAUGUCUUUUAUUCGUCCAGAUGUAAAGUUGUAUUAUAGGUACGAGCAUGUGAUUGUGAAUGUGACGACACGUACGUGAAUGUAUAAAUGAUAGUCCGGGCAGUUCAUGAGAAAUACUCAAUGUUGUGAUUUGUGCUGUAUUUCUUAUUGGGUUGCUGCGUCUAUCGGUCUUAAAACCUGCAUCAUUGUUGUUGUUUUUAAGAUUGUUGAUUUCCUGUAUGAGUGCUGCAAAUAUUCAAGAUGUCAUUUUAUUUUAAUUAAACUAUGCUGUUUACAGGGA